AAUUAUAUUUUAUCGUAAAUGAAACGAACCUCGAUCAUUUAUUUUGCCAUUUGUGGAUUUUUAAUUGUAGGAAAAUGCUCUUUCUUCUCUCCGUACAUAGGUGACGUUAACGAAAUGCAGUCUCAUGCUCACAGUCAACUGAAGCAUCACAUUCAGCAGCCAUUAUUCAAGCUGACUACAAACUCGAUUCCUCAAUCUCACACUCAUCAAGCAACAGCCUCGCCAUCGCCAUGUCUGAGCCCAAAUUUCAAUAAAUCUCCAUAUCAUGGACAUCUGUUAAAUAUCCGACCCAUGAACUCACCCUCCAACAGCUAUUUUCGCCCAAAAUCCCCAAGACAGAAGGAAAAAGAGGCAGAGAAAUUGGAAAAAGACAGAACGCAAUCAGCUGAACGAAUUCAUUCCCUUCACACCCGUCUUCAUCAAGAAGCAGACAAAAUUAGAAAAUGGAAAACAUCCACAGAGAUAGAAAUAAAAGAAAAGGAGAAAAAGUUACUGGAAGCUGUACAAACCAUUGACUCUCAGAGGAAGUCAAUUCUUGAUUUACAGUUUCAAAAUGAAAGCCUCAGUUCAAAACUUCAGGAAGAGCUUGCAAAUCGAGAGGAAGUGGAACACAAAAUCGUUUCUACUAGAGAUAUGUGCAAUGUACUGAAAGAUCACGUGGCGAAGGUGGAGGAAAAUAUUCUUAAAGGAGAAGCUGAUCGCGACGAACUCAGAUUUGAAGAUAAAAAGCGUAUUGGGCAAUUUCAGGAAAUGGUCAUUAAAUUUCAGGAUCUACAAAUUGAACACACAGCAAAGUUCAAUGAAAUGAAAGAAAAAAUGAAUGAGCGGAAAAAAGAGCACGAAGACUUCGUCAUGGAAUAUACAGAAAACCUCCAGAAAGCAGAUAAUCAGAUACGACUCCUCGAAACUGACAAGAAAACAAAGGAGAACCAAAUUUCCACCAUGGAGGCAGCUUUAGAAAAGAGCAAAGAGGAAUCUACUUCUUUCGAGCAUGAGCUAGCACUCUUGCAAGAUAAACUGAAGAAAUUUGAAAGUAUCAUCACCUCGCAACAAGUCCAAAUUCAAAAUACAGAGGACAUGUUAUCUUUCAAUAAGCAAGAGUGUAAGAGGACUGAAGAAGAACGUCAAGCCAUUCAGUCACAGUUUGAGAGUGUCCAGCAAGAGAACCAAAUACUGAAAGAGUGUAAUCUUGAGAUGAAAAAGGAGCAAAGGAAAAUAUUAGACGGGCUAGAAAUACAACUUUCCUCUCUGAUAAAGGAAAAAGAAAAACUGGAAGAGGAUCUCCAAAAUCUUACGAAGACCAACGAAACUACAACAGAAGAACUGAAACAUCUCCGGGUAAAGUUUGAGGCUCUACGAAGAGAGAAGGAAAAAGCAGAUGCUUUAAACGAUCACAUUCUUAAAGAAAAGAAUGAUUUAAUGAAAGCUUCCGCAGACUUACAAGAGAAUCUGUUAAAGGAAGCCGAAAAAGUUUCAUCGAAAGGAGAUUUGUUGCGGCAGUCAAAAGAAAAGCUGGGCGAGUUACAGGAGACGAAUUUCUCGUUAAUGAGCGAACUUGACCGAGUCAACAAUGUUAAACACGAAAUAGAGGAAAAGAUCCGCAAGUUAACGCUUUCCUCGGAAGAGAAGCAGAGGACAAUAAGCGAUCUUGAAGGGAAAUUCUGCAAUGCAAACUACAAUGAAAAAUAUUUAACAGAAAAAGUACAAGAUCUUCAAAAAAAGCUUCAGGAUGAGAGAAAAGAAAAAGAGCAGCUCCAAAACUGCUUGGAAGAAUUUAAGGAUUCUGAAAGAAAACUUAGAGAUGAAAUCAGUAUUUUGGAAGAAAAAAAUUCAGUACUGGACAAGAGCUUAAUGGAAGCAUCAAAAGCAGGAGAAGAGUCCAGUAAACUCAUUGAAAAGUUAGAUGGAGAUUUCCAGAAGCUCCAGAAGAAAUACAACAAAAUGAUGAGUGACGGAAAGGUUCAAGAUGAAGAGAGAGCGACGGUUUUAGAGAAAGAGAAAGACAACAAUCGAUCUUUAAAAGAUGACCUUAAAGAAAAGACCAAGCAACUGGAAAUCCUCGAAACAAAGGCAAAAGGUCUCCAGGAUCAGCUUACAGCCAAAACUAAACAAUCUAAGGAACUGCAGCAAGAAAAUAAAACGAUGAAAAGCAAGGUUACCUCUCAAACCAAGGCUCUCGACAAGUUAGAAAAUCAGAAAUCAAAGAUAUCCGCUGAACUUGACACUUCCAAGGAACAGAUUAAAGAUUUCUCAGAAAAGCUCAAGCAAAGGGACGAAGACUUACAAAGAACAAGCGACCAUACCGAAGUCGUCCAAAGACAAUUGGAGGCUAUGAAAAAAGAAAUCAUCACGAAGUCUGAAACAGUGGAGUAUCUUGAACGACAGGUUCGACAAUUUAAGGAGGAAAAAGAAAAGGCAAUACAAGAUAAAGAAACAGUACAAAUGGAAUCUGAAAAGCAAAUGAAUGAGCUAUGCGCAACGUUGGAAAAGUACAAGUUGGAAAAUGAAAAAAUAGUGGCCCAAAAGGAGCGAGAGCUGGACCUCUUGCUUGCCAAUGCAGAGAAAGAAUCGCAAGAAAAACAUGAGAAACUAUUAAUGGAGGCCAAGAAGCAAAUAAAAAAAUUAGAAAGAGAUAUAUGCGAUCUUAAGGAGAAUCAGGAAAAAGACAGGGAAAGAUUAGAGUUCGAAAAAUCUGAAGCAAUCGAAGUACUGCAAAAACAACUAGAAGCAAAGUCUGCCAGAAGUCCGCGAACUCCAUCUUCAGAUGUGAAACUCAAGACGCCAAAAUUACCAGAUCAUGACGUGGCGGAAGCGACGCCUCAAGAUUCUGCGGUGGUUCCUGAAACCCCAAAGCAACCUCGUGGAAUUCUUAAACUAAACGAUGUCUCUCAGAAAAAGAGGAGGGUAGCUUUCACUACUUCAGGGGAGCAAACAUUGUCCUCAGAAGAGGAAGACGAGAAACAUACGAAGGAUGGAAGAACAAGUCCUAAAUUGGGUAAGACACCUGGCAAUGAAAAAGAGAAUCAGAGGAACAAACCACGAUCGAAUGUUCGAUUUUCUCCAAAGCCAUCUAGCUGGAAUAGUGAGCCCUUGUCCACAAAGUCUCCAUUUCCGGAAACACAACUCAAACAAAUCCCACGAGGAAAGCCAGUGGUUCCACAAAAACAGAAGAAGAUGAAAAUCCAGAGUGACGAAUCCGAGGAAAUAGCCAGGUUCAAGGAAUUGUUUCCAGAUAUAAGAAGUCCGGAUUCCCUGUACGAUAAGUCUCCGAUGAAAUCGCAUGGGUUACACCAAGGAAUGAAGCCCCCAUUCAAGAGCAAAAUAACUAAAAUAAAACCACUUGCGCGUAAAAAGAAAGAAAAGCAAGAAACUAUUGCAUGGUUUGACUCCGACGCACUGUUCGGGUUUGGAAUAGAUGAUGAAUAAUUGUACAAGGCCAGAAACUGGCCUAAAGAUUUAAAAAACCUUAUAAUCAAAAACUUUGUUUUUUAUGAGUUUAUCGUGGUACUUGUUGUGAACUCCGUAACCUUGUAAUUUCACUUGGAUAAUGAGGCUUUGAGACCAUUGUUGUGAAAAUUGAAACAGUAAAAAACAAGAGCAAA